UCUAUAGAAAGUCAUUGCAUAUAUCCAAAUUCCCAAAUCCAAUGUUUUUUUUUUUUCUUUUCAAUAAUGAACAACCUCAUCUUUAAAAAAAUUCAAACCCCAUUGUCCCUAUUAAAAGUCAUUGUCCAAGAGGUUUGGUGAAAACAAGAAAGAAGUUACACAUGAAGGCUGCUGGAGAACUUUUUAACGUUGGAAUUCUUGAAUGUGCUUUUCCUCCAAACCGAGAAGAAAAUUAUCGAGUUUGUAACAUAUUUCAAUGAACGGAUGCCGUGUUUCUCUAAUUUUAUUAUUUCUCUCCGCAGAUACAUAAAUUUUAAUGACUCUCUCUCUAGAAACUUUUAUUUUCCUGACCAUUGAUGCGUAAAGAAGUGCUUGGAUCUGAGAGACACAAAGUUGGAUUUUGAUCAUUAAUGCUGGUUUCUUAAGGCGAGGAACAGAAAGAAAACCCUAUAAAGGACUUCUUGAAAUCUUUGAUUGACGUCCAUAGAGAAGGCUUGAUAGCACCUCCCAAUAUCCCUCCCUUCCAAGUGCAUUCUCUUUGGAAGCAUCUGAUGGUUUGCCCUCGUAAUUUACCAGUCCAUCAAUCAGUGCAAAACAGGCCUCCAGUUUAUCAGUUAUAUACUAGACGUCGUACUGUGCCACCGAUCAAAAUGGCUGUUCAGGAUACGGUACCACAUUCCCCCAAGGCAGUGCUAUCUUUUGUCUCGGGCCAUUUGCAGCAGAAACCAUCAGAAAUAAAAAACAAUUGGCCUCAAGAAGUGGAUCUUCAGCACUGCGGUUUGGAGCAUCAGGAACGUUUGACGAAUAGUCAAGGGAUUUCCGUGCUCAUUCAAGACAAGAAUAACUCAUCAAAAGGCAUUCAGUUAUCAAACUUUUCGUUAUGUCCAUAUGAAGAUAAAGGAGAUAACCAUGUAUAUAAAAGAAGGAAUGGGCGGAAUUCCUCUACAUGUCAAUCAACACAAGUUGAAAAGGGUUCCACAAAGAAAGAGAUGCAAUGCUAUGGUCCAAACUCUGUCCAGCUUAACAUGAUCGACUACAAAGACGAUCCUCAAGUUCUAAGUUCAAGGUGCAGUAUUGGUGAAGACGGGGCUCUUUCGACAUGUCAGGAUGUUACUACUGAAGAUUGUGAAAAACCACAUGAAGAGAAGUCCUUUGGCAAAACAUAUGAGAGGAAGCGAUAUGGGUUUCGUUCCAAAUGCUCUUGGUUCGGCAACAAGAUCAAGAGCAGGGAAGUUGCUAGUAAAUCUGAUGCUUUCUAUUUAGAUGGAGAGAGUGGUGGGAUAGUUGAGGCUUCUUGCAACGUGAUUUCUAUCAGUAGUUCGAAUGCAGAUAGUUGUCUUAGUGCAAAUCAUAGUUCCUCAUUUCCAAAUUUUGAAGAGUGUUCUAAAUGCAUUAAUCCCGAAGUUUCUGAGGCAGGAGAGUGCUCCUCCUCUGGCAACAAGACCAACAAAUCAUCUGGGAAGUGUGACCCAGAAAAACAACGGAUCAUAUCUAUAUUGCAGAUGCAUGGUCUUCUUGGUCAGUUAUGGUCUGAGGAGUCGAGUAUUUCGCCUGAUGAUGUUGGUGACAAUACUUGUAUGCAACAAUGCAAGGUCUGUGGAGUCACUGAAAAGUCAUCGAAAUUGUUGAUUUGUGAUGAAUGUGAGGAAGCAUUCCACAUGUUGUGCUGUAACCCGAGAGUAAACAGGAUCCCUGUUGAGGUUUGGUUUUGCCAACAGUGUAAAAGGCAGAGAAAGAGGUCCUUAGGCAGAAAACUCAGGAGCAGCUCACCGAGUUCUUCAGAUGAAAUGCUAUUUGAAAUGAAAGAUGUACCAGUACGAAGACCAAAUCCGCUCACAUUCAUGUUUAAAGAUACUGAGCCAUACACGACACAGGUUCGAAUUGGUGAAGAAUUUCAGGCAGAAGUUCCUGAGUGGUCUGGUCCCAUAUCAGCUGAUCCAGAUAAUCCAUUCAUGGGGACGCCCUUGGAGUCGGCACACUUGGACUGCCUCAUUGAUAAGAGGGGGAAAAAUGGACAUUCUAUCGUGACUGCCUCUGUAGGUAAUUGGCUUCAAUGCCGAGCUACCUCCUGCGAUGGAGAUGCAAUGUCUUGUGGAAAAUGGCGCAGGGCCCCUCUCUAUGAAACACAAACGGAUGAUUGGGAUUGUUCAUGUGCUGUGCGAUGGGAUCCCACACAUGCUGACUGUGCAGUUCCACAGGAGCUCAGUACUAAUGAAGUUUUGGGGCAUUUAAAAUAUAUUGAAGUGGUAAGACUAUUUCUUAAGGAUUUAGAUACUCAGGAUAGGACAAUUGAAAGGCAAGGACCAAGUCAUGUGCGUCAGCUUGAAAUUCAGCUUAAAUCCCGAAUCACCAGUAGAAAGCGGAAAUCUGACGGCUGAGAAACUCCUCACUCCUGAAGAAUAUGAUGUCCAAUUUCUUUCAAGUCAUGGAGCAAAGAGCAUAAAAAGUUUCAUUCCAAGAAGCCAAAUGAUAUUCAAGUAGAAUCACAGCAAGGGAGUAAGCAGAGCAAUGAAGUUGCAUUCAUGACGGCUGGGACAGCAAGUAUUUGUUGUAUAUAUCAAGUACGAACACAGAGAGAGAGAGAGAGAGCUUUUUGAUCAGCUAUUUCCCAUAUGUAAAAUAUGAUUCUUCUCCGGCAGAAGUCAUAGUUCAAUUGGAUAUUGAACAAAAGUAUUUCUUUCGCGUAUCUUUGUUUAUGAAUGGAUUUUCCAUUUCCCCAGUCACCCAAUACAUUCAAAACUUUACCCAUUUGGAACUCCUCCAGCUCAAGCGCAUGUGUUUUUAUGGGCAUUUUGAAAUCAAAUAAAA